GUCCAGGCCUGUCUUCCGCAACCGCAAAGGUUUACCUCUUCCCUCGUCACCCCCUUCAUUCAUCUGCGUUUUCCUCUUCACAAUGACUACCACUCUCCCCCUCCUCCACUUCAACGAUGUGUAUCGCGUCAACCCACAGAAGCUUGCGCCGGGCUCGAGUGAUACCAUCGACGUGACCCAGUUCGCCGCGAUGUUGGACGAUCUGCGGCAGGGAUGGGACGCCAGACCUGACGGCGCUCGAGAGGGGCUUGUGCUUUUCUCUGGGGAUGUGUUUGCGCCGUCUGUGGAGAGCUCUGUGACGAGAGGGAGCCAUAUGGUUCCCGUCAUGAACGAGAUCGCGCCUGACGUGUCUUUGACCGGGAACCAUGACUUUGAUUUCGGGUAUCCACACCUUUCCAAGCUCAUCGCAGGCACCAAAUUUCCGUGGGUCUUAAGCAAUAUCAUCGACAGAAAUACGGGUACAGUGCCGGACGUCUUGAAAGAGUUUUAUGUGCUCGAACGAUGCGGUCUUCGCAUUGGUGUCAUUGGGCUCGUCGAAAAGGAGUGGAUCGGCACUGUCGCCACUUGGCCAGCGAAUUUCGAGCAUAGGGAUAUGGCAGAAACAGGACUUGACCUUUCCCGCCGUCUCCGUGAUCCGCAAGGAGAGCAUCGAUGCGACAUCGUGCUUGCGUUGACUCAUUCUCGGAUACCCAACGAUAUCGCCCUCGCGAAAGCCCUAUUCGCUCUGUCGCCUUCUGAGCAGGAGAAAAAUCCUAUCGCAGACCAACACGGCGUCGACCUCCUCCUUGGCGGUCAUGACCAUCUUUACUACAUCAGCAAAGGCGUCAAUGCGUGGGAGAACCACGAAGUCAACCAGGACGUCCUUGGUGCUGAGAGCGACAACGGCGACGUUCUGGUCGUGAAGAGCGGGACUGACUUCCGGGACCUCAGUGAGGUACUUUUAGAGCUAUCGGAUACGCCGGAGGGGAGCGUAAGGAGAAAGGUGAUUAGCAAACUCACUGGAAAGCACCACGAGACGAAGCCAGGAUCUCCAGGCUCGCAAGGAUUGAAGGAGGUACUGAAGACGGUCUUGUCAUCGAUCACGGAUACCUUGAAAGCGCCGCUAUGCAAGACCACCACGGUCCUGGAUUGCCGUUCGCAGCUCGUUCGCGUGGAGGAGUCUGCAGCUGGCAACUGGUUUGCUGACGUCGUCAGACACGCCUACGAUGACAGCCUCUGCGUCAAGGGUAGUGGUGGAGCGGAUCUGGUCCUCCUUUGCGGUGGAACGCUGCGCGGUGACUCGCAGUACGGUCCAGGCGUAAUUACCCUCGGCGAUAUCCUGGAGAUCUUGCCGUUCGAGGACCCUAUCAUCGUGCUUGAGCUGGAUGGCGAAGCAAUCUGGGAUGCGCUUGAAACUGGUUUCUCGACCUGGCCUGCUCAGGAGGGACGCUUCCCCAUCGUUUCCGGCAUCCGGGUAUCCUGGGACUCGCGCCGUGAGCCGGGAAAUCGAGUGUUGGGGAUCUGGCUGCAGAAUGAGAUCGAGGAUAGCAAUGAUGGCGGUUCAAAUAGUGGUCGGUCUACACCUAGACUGGCGGACGGCGAGCCUAUCAAGCGCGAGAAAGGCGGACGACUGUACAAGGUCGUGAGCCGUGAAUACAUGGCGCAAGGAUAUGACGGCUUCACAUCGCUGCCCGGACAUAGAUACCUCAUCGACGACGAGGAAGGCCAGCUCAUGAGCACCAUCGUGCGCAAGUACCUCCUCGGCUCCCAAUUCGUCAACAAGAUGUCCCACAUCAUUCACCGCCGCCCCUCCACCGACGGCAUUAUGCAUCAGGCCACCCUCCAUGCCAUCGCACGCGAGCGGCACCACCGCGAGCGCCGCCAGCGCGACGCGCGCCCCGAGAACAAAGCCAUCACGCAGUGGAAGCACGCGAUGGACCUCGCGCUGAAGCACCGGCGCCCGAAGGCGCACUACCGGGAGCAGUUUAGCGUGAGCCAGACGGAGCAUAUGAGUGAGGUAGAUGUGUACGAUGGGAAGAGCGCGCGGGCGGGGAAGGGGGUGGAGGUGCCGAAGACGAAGGAGGUGGAUCCGGAUUUGCUGGUCAUCUCGCCGGUGGUGGAUGGGAGGAUGAAGGACGAGGGGAGGAGCUAAACGCGUCUCAGCGCUAUCGCGAGUCUUCUUUACCCACUGGACUUUUGGAACGGGCAAAAUGAUGCAAAUGGAUCGUUGGAUUGGGAUACCGAGUCGCGGGAAACUAGAGGCUAUUCUACAUGAAGUUCGUGAGUUCCAGAGCGUUGAGAGUCAUGUACAGUCGUGGUAAUGCAGUGAUAUAUACGUGAGGGUCAUUAAUGCGCGAUUAAGUAU